AUGUUGAAGCUAUCGAAGCUGCUUUCUCACUCUAGGAAUCAAUUGUCCCAGAAGAGGUUAUUUGUGGAAGCUGUGAAUGAUUAUCAAUGGUUGCGUGGUAUGAGUACCCAGGCUAGCCUGUCAACUGCUAGACAAAAUUUUUUGCCUGAUGGGAGAUCUGCUGCUAAAAUAUUUGCACCCUAUUCAAUUUACAAGGGGAAAGCUGCACUUUCUGCCUCCCCUAUUCUUCCAACAUUUAGUAAAUUGGAAUCUGGAGGUUUCAGGGUUGAUCGCCGCGGUGUCAUUUUUUUGACUUUCUGGCCUGCUAUUGGUGAGCGCAAGUAUGAUUGGGAUAAGAGACAGACUUUUGCUUUGUCGGCCACGGAGGUUGGAUCCCUAAUUAGUUUGGGACCAAAAGAUUCCUGUGAAUUCUUCCACGACCCAUCAAUGCUGUCUAGUAAUGCAGGUCAAGUUAGAAAGAGCUUAUCAAUUAAGGCACAUGACAAUGGUGGAGGCUACUUCGUUUCUCUGAAUGUUAUCAACAAUAUCCUCAAAACUAAUGAUCGGUUUGUUGUUCCUGUCACUACUGCUGAAUUUGCAGUCAUGCGAACAGCUUUCAACUUUGCAUUGCCUCACAUCAUGGGAUGGGACCGGUAUACCAAUCAGCCUCCCAAAAGCAUAGAUGAGAAUCCACCAAGGCUUGCUUCGGAAUUUAUGGCGACUGAGUGGGAUAGAUGA